AUGGAACUGAACAUCUUUGAUCAAAAUAUUUGCCAUUCCAGAUACUUCGAAACCGCUUUAGUUCCAAGUCAAGAUCUCAAAUAUACGAACACUAUGAAAAGUGGAUAUAAGGCAUAUGAAGUUAAGACUUACGAAGAAACACCUACAAAAUUAUCUUAUUAUCAUAACGGAACAACAGAAUAUUCGACUGACCAUGGUCACCACGUCAUCGCGUCUCACCUUCACCACGGUAAUCUUAAUAACCUUAAUAACCUCAAAGUUAGGAACAACCGCGUAACGAAGGCAGCCACCCAAGAGGCUAACGAGAGACCUUUUAGGUGUACUUUACCUGGAUGUAUAAAAUCUUACAAGAACCCAAAUGGCUUAAAAUACCACACCGAACAUGGACAUAGGUCAGCUAUGUCUGAUACAGACGAAAAGAAACCUGUUAUCAAACCUCAUAAAUGCGAUGUUCCUAAUUGUGAAAAACGAUACAAAAACGCAAAUGGAUUGAAGUAUCAUCUUGAACAUGCACAUCAUAAUCUGAUGCGUCGAACUCAAUAA